CAAUUAUUCCAAGUGGAAGAAAAGAAAAAAAUAAAGAUGAUGCUAAAAGAUCAAUUGUAGCUAGAGAUGUUCCAAUGCGCAUGUCAUGCACAUCAUCAUGGUCAACUAUAGAUGAAGCAGAUUUG